UUGAAGAUCGCGAAAAUAUCAAAAGGAGUGGACAUUAAAUCUCGUUUUAAAAAGGAAAAACGAUGGUUGUAUGUUCCAGUUGGAAAAGUGGCUUCUGCUCAUUAGGCCAGUUUUGCACCAAUGAACACAUCAAUUUUCAGGAAUGUUUGUCUCCCAUGAAAGAAGGAUUGAACUGCGGGAUGUGGAUCUUUUCUGCUUUCGGACCAUUCCCAAGAAAGGGCAAUAUUCCCAAUUUUAUAGAGGAUAGAUCAUUUGAGGAAGACCGGAUGCUGUUCUAUGAGUCAAGGCAGUCGCUAGGACAGAUCUCUUUUAUUACGCAGCGAAAAUCGGAUGUUCAAGUGGCCACUAACAAGACUUUGCAAUUGCUAUGUUUGACGCCCCAAACAAAGGAUACUCUGAUCCAAAUCUACGAAAAACCGAUUGCACCGGAGCCCAAGGCUCCCUUCCCUGCAAGCGAUGCCACGCCUAAAUUUGACGGUGUAUUUACAUUUGGAUUAAAUAAAAAUCCAAAUACACCUAUUAGCCAAGGCACUAGCAGAUUUGGUGAAAACCGGCCAAUUUCAAAAGCGUGCCGCAAAAUUGAUUCCCAAAAUGUUUGUUUAAAUCGAGAAAACAUGUUUAAUUGCACUACUUCACAGAAUACAAUUUUUGGAAAAGCCACUGGCAAGGCUCAAGUAGACAACUCCAUUUAUAAAUUGAACACAGCAGUUAAUACAAUGAACAGUAACGUUUUUGGUAAAGGAGCCAAUAUGCCAGGACCAAUAUGUUUUUCUUCUGGAGCCACUGCCAAUGUUAAAAAUAACAACAUCCUUGGAUUUAACACAGCGAAUGCUAGUUCACAGAACACCAAAGCUGGCAACUCCUUUAAUGCAAAUACAAUCUUUGGAGGAACACCGUAUUUUUCUCAAGGAGAAAAUGUAAAAUCCACCGGAGAAUCGAAAACUCAGAAAACAACAAAUAUUUUUGGACAACACCAGAAUCCUUUUGGUUCCCAGAAUCCCAUUUUUGGCAUAGGAUUAAAAACCCCGGAAGCAGUAAAUAUUUUUGGACAACCCCAAACGAGUAUCCCGGCAGGCCUGGCCCAAAAACCAAAUAUUUUUGAAGGCCUUAAGCUCCAGCAGGGCCCACAGUCCUCUGAAAAGGAAAGUAUCCAGCAGAAAACCGUUACUAGCUCGACGAAAACGAUGAGGUGCAACAAGUGCAACUCCUUACUGCAUGUAUCCGAAGAAAAUACCGAAACGAAGGGAGAGGCCAAGGCGGUGCAGGACAUGCAGCUACCUGCUCCGCAGAAAAUAAUGGAGUAUCUGGACAGGCACGUGGUGGGUCAGGACUUGGCCAAAAAGGUGCUUGCGGUGGCAGUGUACAACCACUACAAACGCAUCCAACACAACCUUCCGCAGCUUGACCAGCUGCACAUCUCUGAAAUUGGUUCAACUGAGGAAGAACUGUCGGUUGCUGGACUCAAAAAAGAAAUUGCCAAUUGGAAACUUCCUGAUCUACAAUCCGAAGACGUCAAGCUGGAAAAGAGCAACAUCAUCAUGCUGGGCCCAACAGGAUCGGGAAAAACGCUACUGGCCAAGUCCAUAGCCAACUGCCUUAACGUUCCGUUCGCCAUUUGUGACUGCACCACUUUGACGCAAGCGGGCUACGUUGGUGAGGACAUCGAGAGCGUCAUCUUGAAGCUGCUGCAGAAUGCGGAUUACGACGUGAAGCGAGCUCAAAUGGGAAUAGUUUACCUAGACGAGGUAGACAAGAUAUGCGCCGUUUCUGGGAACAAAACGCGUCGUGACGUCGGAGGUGAGGGUGUCCAACAGGGUAUGCUUAAGAUGCUAGAGGGUAGCGUAGUUAGUGUUAAAGGUCGAAAAGGAUUGUUUGGAAGUAAGGUCAAUAUCGACACUACGAACAUCCUGUUUGUGGCCUCAGGAGCCUACUCUGGCCUGGACAAGAUCAUCGCGCGACGUGUCAACGAAAACGGUUCAAAACAGAACUCGGCCAGUGAAUCCAGCUCCCAGGAAAUGGACCAAAAAAAGCGGGAUGAGUGCCUCAAGGAAGUCCAGGCAUGUGACCUUACCGAAUUCGGAAUGAUACCAGAAUUCAUUGGCCGGUUCCCGGUCAUAGUGUCCCUCCACAGCCUUGAUGCCAGCAUGUUGGUUCGCAUUCUUACCGAACCACGCAAUGCUCUAGUGCCGCAGUACAAGGCUCUUUUAAGUUUGGACAAUGUGGACCUGACAUUUAGCGAUGAGGCCAUAGAAUCAGUGGCCCAAUUGGCGGUAGAAAAGAAUACGGGAGCACGAGGGCUACGCUCCAUAAUGGAGAAACUGCUGCUGGAUCCCAUGUAUUUGGUGCCCGGCUCAGAUAUUCGCGGAGUUCACAUAACCGCCGAUAAUGUUAGGGGCAAAUCCAAACCCGUGUACACACGUGACGGGAGUGAUCCGACACCCGUGACCACUGACACGGUCUCGGAUGCACUAUCUGCUGAUGAUAAGAGCACCAAGGAUCAAGAAAAUUAAAUCAAAUUUAAAAAUGUUUUUUUACCAUUUCCUUUUUGUGAAAAAGGCCUCGAACCUUAUUCCAACUAAACAUACGUAAUUCCAGUGCCUUUUUUGUUCUAUUAUAUUGUUUAUAAAAAUAAACAUAAAAGAUAUGAAUUUAUCCAAACUAUAAGUACUUACAUAAAAUAUCCAUAUUACAUAUAUUGGAUUGUAUUAAUCGAAAUAACGUUAUUAAAUUAUGUUAUGUUAUUAAUUAUGUUUCGAAUAAUAAAGUUCACUUAAUAUUUGUAUGAGAUA